AUGAGUAAUUUCAUUAGAAGGCUAGUUGGGAAAAUGAAAGCGAUUUCAACAGGUACCAAUGCUAUUGUUAGUAAGAAGGACUCCAUUUACGCAAACUGGUCCAAAGAGCAGCUAAUACGAAGGAUCACUGAACUAGAAAACGCAAAUAAGCCACAUUCUGAAAAAUUCCAGCACAUCGAGGAUAACAAAAAGCGCAAAAUUUCGCAAGAAGAGGUUACGAGAAGCAAGGCGAAAAAGGCUCCGAAGAAGUUUGACUUUUCUAAACAUAAUACCAGGUUCAUCGCCUUGAGAUUUGCCUAUUUGGGAUGGAAUUACAAUGGCUUAGCUGUUCAGAAGGAAUACACACCGUUGCCUACAGUAGAGGGUACCAUUUUGGAGGCCAUGAAUAAGUGUAAACUUGUUCCCUCGAUGGUUUUACAAGACUAUAAAUUUAGCAGAUGUGGCAGAACAGACAAGGGAGUUAGCGCCAUGAACCAAGUUAUAUCGUUAGAAGUCCGUUCCAAUUUAACAGAUGAGGAACAGCGGGAUCCGACCAACGACAGCAGGGAAAUACCCUAUGUUCACGUUUUAAAUCAAUUACUACCCGACGAUAUUCGUAUAUCAGCUGUCUGCCUCAGACCGCCACCUAACUUUGACGCAAGAUUCAGCUGUGUUCACCGGCACUAUAAGUACAUCUUUAAUGGAAAAAACCUUAAUAUUGAAAAAAUGUCUAAAGCCGCAUCAUAUUUUGUUGGAGAGAGAGACUUCAGGAAUUUUUGUAAGCUUGAUGGCUCAAAACAAAUUACCAAUUUUAAACGAACAAUAAUAAGCUCAAAAAUUCUUCCCCUUUCUGAAACUUUCUAUUGUUUUGAUCUCGUUGGUUCAGCAUUCCUAUGGCACCAAGUUCGUUGCAUGAUGGCCAUUCUUUUCUUAGUUGGUCAAUCACUUGAAGUGCCGGAAAUUGUCUUGCGUCUGACUGAUAUUGAGAAAACCCCUCAAAGGCCUGUUUACGAAAUGGCAAAUGAUAUACCAUUAUUGUUAUAUGAUUGUAAAUUUCCUGAAAUGGAUUGGCAAGAACCUACUGUAGAUGACUAUAAGGCAAUAAAAUUCACGACAGCUACUGAAGCAUUGACGUUACACUACGAACUUAAGGCCGCAGUAUGCAAUAUUUUUAAAGAUGUUUUGCCCACAGCAAAUACAAACAACUUCUCAAAGACAAUUAUUAAUUUGGGCGAUGGAAGAGGUAAAGUAGUCGGUACCUAUGUGAAACUAGAGGAUAGAAGCGUUAUGGAACCUGUCGAAGUUGUUAAUGCUAAAUACUCCAAGAAAAAGAACAACAAAAAUAAGUAA